GGAGGAGACUGCAGCGGCGACAACAGGGACUGGUGGAAGCCCGAAGUGGCUGAGGGACCGCCGCUGGCCGCAGGGAGGCGGAGGGCCAGCGAGCCAAGCGGUGCAGACGCCGCUGCCUUACUCUUUGCCUGCCUCGCCGCGCUCCUACACACGCUCCUCAUCUGCGGAUCCUACCCUCACAGCUCUUGCAACUCAUUCGGCAGAUUGUCUGCUAACCCUCCUUCGCCACAGGCUCACAACGGAGGCAGCAGCGAGGUGUCCGAUUUGGGCACGUGAGGCCCCCGAUCCCCGGCGGUGGACGCCAGGCAGGGCAAGGCCAUUAGUGGGCGCCAGAAUGGAGAGGGGGAUGGGAAAGAAUCCAGGAGGAAACAUGGGGUGGAGGUGGGCGCCAGGCAAAAGUGGGGUGCGGGAGUGCGGUGGACAACAGGAAAAGGGGGUAGGAAUCACAACCAGACAAGGAUUUGAAGCAGGCAUGAAGACUCCCAACACACAGGAAGCCGAAGGGCAACAAACCAGGGCAGCUGCAGGACGGGCCACCGGGUCUGGAAACAUGACAAAGAAAAAAGUCUCCCAAAAGAAGCAGAGAGGCAGACCUUCAUCCCAGCCCCGCAGGAACAUCGUGGGCUGCAGAAUUUCUCACGGAUGGAAGGAAGGAGAUGAGCCCAUCACCCAGUGGAAAGGAACCGUUCUGGAUCAGGUGCCUAUAAAUCCCUCUCUUUAUCUGGUGAAAUAUGAUGGAAUUGACUGUGUCUAUGGACUGGAACUUCACAGAGAUGAAAGGGUUUUGUCUCUUAAAAUUCUUCCCGACAGGGUGGCAUCAUCUCAAGUUAGUGAUGCCAACCUUGCAAAUACCAUAAUUGGCAAAGCAGUGGAACACAUGUUUGAGGGAGAGCAUGGUUCUAAGGAUGAAUGGAGGGGGAUGGUCUUAGCACAAGCACCUAUCAUGAAAGCCUGGUUUUAUAUUACCUAUGAGAAAGAUCCUGUCUUGUACAUGUACCAGCUUCUAGAUGAUUAUAAAGAAGGUGAUCUCCGUAUUAUGCCAGAAUCCAGUGAGUCUCUUCCAACAGAGAGGGAGCCAGGAGGAGUUGUAGAUGGCUUGAUAGGUAAGCAUGUGGAAUAUACCAAAGAAGAUGGCUCCAAAAGGAUCGGCAUGGUCAUUCACCAAGUGGAAGCCAAGCCCUCUGUGUAUUUCAUCAAGUUUGAUGAUGAUUUUCAUAUCUAUGUCUAUGAUUUGGUGAAAAAGUCCUAACUGUUAGCGUAAAAUUUGCCACGUAUGUGGAAACAAAUGUAUAAUUUCUAGACAUGCAAAAAAUGUUUCUUUUCAGUGUAUUGAAAACAAGGAUCCCUCAUAACCCAAUAUUUUGCCAGCAUUAACUGUUGUUUUACUCUACAAAAUACAAACUUGUGUGUACAUGA